CCGAAUGAUGCGCCAUAUAUAUCUACCGGCCCAUGUUGAGAAUGACAGGUUAUCUUCACAGCUGACGAUCUCAAGCGUGAAUAUCACAUUUCAGCAAGCAUCUUAACAAAUUCCUCGAACGUCCCAUGCCCAAAUCAGACGAGAAGUCAAAAUGACGAAAAACAAAACAAAAUCUUCUAGUGAGAAAAAUGGUAUUCUGGAUUAACGGGUGAUUUGAUCUUCCAUUCCAUCACUUUUCACGUUAUUCAUAUUCCCUCAAGGCCAAAGUGAUUGUGGUGAUGUCCCUUCCAUGUCUGCCUCAUGCGCUGAAAGCUUUCUUUUGCAUUCUGUUAGCAACGUAGCCUAUCAAUAAAUACCUCCCACCAUUACAUUUUUAAUGGAAUGCAAGGCCUUACCGGAUUUGUUUGAGAAAAGUCUCAAGCUCAAUCCCAACAUUAUAUCCUUGUUUUAGAAUGACAGGAGGGGAUUCGAAUAACAAGGCAUUCAGGUUGUGUUGUACAGUGCAAAACUAUGAAUGGGGGAGGCAUGGAGGCGCUGGUGAGGUUGGGAGGCUUUAUUCUCUCAUGUCCAAAUCUCCCCCAGAAGAAGACAAGCCCUAUGCAGAGCUCUGGAUGGGCACCCAUGAUUCUGGGCAUAGCCUUGUAGUUGUCGAAGAAGAACAUACUGAAAAAUUGGCCUUGAGAAACUGGUUGCAGGAGCACCCUGAAGCACUUGGAGAUAAGGUACUGGAACGGUGGGGAAUUGAUCUGCCCUUUUUGUUCAAGGUUCUUUCAGUGGGGAAAGCUCUGUCCAUACAAGCACAUCCAGACAAGGAUCUGGCUCAAGUUUUGCAUCAGGCUCAGCCAAAGGUUUAUAAGGACUCUAAUCAUAAGCCUGAGAUGGCUCUGGCUCUCACGGAGUUUGAGGCUUUGUGUGGAUUUGUCAGUGCACAGGAGCUUAAGAUUGUCCUACAAACUGUGCCUGAGAUUGAGAAUAUUCUUGGAGAAUCAAGAACAAUAGAACUCAUGAAUAUAGAACCGAGGGACCAAAGUGAUGAUCAUGUGAAAAUGUCAUUGAAGUCUGCUUUUACUCAACUCAUGACAAUUGAUAAAGAGGCAGUGAUGGAGGCAGUGAUGAAGUUAAAAGUGCGGCUGAAUCAGGAGAAUCAGGUGAGGAAUUUGACAGUAAAAGAGCAGCUUGUUCUAAGGCUGGAAAAGCAAUACCCAAAUGAUAUUGGGGUUAUAUCUGCAUUCUUCUUUAACUAUGUCAAGCUUGCUCCUGGGGAAGCUCUUUAUUUAGAUGCAAAUGAACCUCAUGCAUACUUGUAUGGGGAAUGUGUUGAAUGCAUGGCUACAUCUGAUAAUGUUGUGCGGGCUGGCCUGACCCCAAAGUACCGUGAUGUUGAAACACUUUGUUCAAUGUUAACAUACAAACAGGGCUUGCCAGAGAUUUUGCAAGGGGUGCCUUUGAAUCCCUUUACAACACGAUAUGCACCACCUUUCUAUGAGUUUGAAGUGGAUCGUUGCAUCCUCCCCCUUAGUGCGACUGUAACGUUUCCAGCAGUCUCAGGACCAUCCAUUUUUUUAAUUCUAUAUGGGCAGGGGGUAGUGACACAAAAACUCAUAAAUGAUGAGUCAAAAAUUAAUGUUCAGGAAGGAGAUGUGUUCUUUAUUCCGGCAGAUAUUCACCUUGAUAUUUCCUCAAUCAUUGAAGAAAAUAUAGAAGCAAAUAAAGAACACAGGCCUCUUCACUUAUACAGGGCUGGAGUCAACAGCAGAGUGUUUGAGUAGCAGAUGAACAUGGAAACAACUAUAUUGUGUGUUAUAUAUGCAUUUGAAGCUUCACCUAUAUUGUGUUGGUUUAGUUCCUUGAAGCCUCUUGUAGUAAGAUGUUGUGGACAAUCAACUGUUCAAAUGUUUAUGAAUCCAGAUCUUGAAUUUGCAUUUA